AUGUCUUUGCAGCCUCGGGGUGAUGAUGAUGCCGCGUACAACGCGCGAAAGCUGGCGCUGCUGCCAGCGCUAAUCGGAAUGAAGGGCCUUCUGAACCACCAUAUAGCCUCCUUUGACCACCUCAUAAACGUGGAGCUGAAGCGAAUUCUUCUGAAUGAGUCCAACAGAGAGAUCAAAAGCGGCAUCGACCCGGACUUCUCCAUUCGAUACACAAAUAUCCGCGUUUGCCGACCGCGCGAAAUUGUGGGGAAGGGACAGUUGCCAAAGCCUGUUUCUCCACAUGAAUGCCGGGUCCGUGAUCUCACUUAUCGUGGAGACAUGAUUGUGGAUGUUGAGUAUACUGGCCGUGAUCGUGCCAAGCGACCGUGCAUUGAGACCGAUAUUAAAAUUGGAACAAUUCCCAUAAUGUUGAAAUCGAGUUCAUGCAAUCUUUUUGGCAAGAGCCGUGAGGAGCUGGUUGCGAUGCGGGAGUGUCCACUUGACCCUGGUGGGUACUUCAUUAUCAAAGGAGUGGAAAAGGUGUGUCUGGUGCAGGAGCAACAAAGUAAGAAUCGUGUCAUUAUUGAGGCGGAUGACAAUGGCAAUAUUGUGGCCCAUGUGCAGAGCAAGACACACUACUCCAUCUCCAAGUGUUCCGUGACGUUUAAAAAGGGGCGCAUUGUUAUGGUGCAUCGCUCGUUUAAGGAAGAUAUUCCUAUUGUGGUGAUGCUGAAGGCUCUUGGCAUGGAGAGUGACCAGCAGAUUGCUCAGCAUAUUGGCACAACACCUGCAUUUGAGAGUGUGUUGUUUGCCUGUUUUGAACAGGCGGAUGCCCUGGGAGUUAAGACCCAGGAUGAUGCAUUACACUUCAUUGGGGAAAGGCGGAAGGAGACCUCAUGGGAGGUGGAUGACGCACAACAACGACACAUCCAGAAAUCAAAAGCGGACAACGCGGCGGAGUUUUUGGGGAAUGUUCUUUUGUGCCACAUUCGAGAGGGAGAAGUACAGCGUGACUGGAACUUUCGCCACAAGGCACUCUACGUUUGCUUCAUGGUAAGACGCAUGAUUGAGGCAAGUGUGGACUCCUCUCUUCUAGACGAACGUGAUUUUUACGGCAAUAAACGGUUUGAGACAGCAGGAACAUUGAUGGGCCUCUUAUUUGAGGACCUCUUGAAGCAAUUUAAUCGUGUAGUGAGAACCGCCGUGGAUCAGCAACUUUCCAAGAAGGACACAACAAAGCCUUUUAAUUUGAAGCAGCUUAUGGAAAGUAAAUUAGAGGUUAUUCAGAGCGGGAUGCGUGUGGCUUUGAGUAGUGGCCGAUGGGAACUAAAACGAUUUAAUAUGAGCCGUCAAGGCAUCACACAAGUGCUUUCACGACUUUCUUAUAUUGCCUGCAUUGGUAUGAUGACCCGUCUAGCCUCAUCGUUUGAAAAGAGUCGAAAAAUUAGUGGGCCACGCUCACUGCAACCAAGUCAGUGGGGGAUGGUGUGCCCAUGUGACACCCCCGAAGGAGAAAGCUGUGGUUUGGUGAAAAACUUUGCCAUUUUAAGUCAAGUGACGUUGGAUAUGGAUGACUCUUUUGUCAGGGCGGCAGCGCACAAUUUGGGGGUGGAAGAAGUGGACUCCAUCAGUUCAAGGGAAUUUCUUAAUUAUUACACGGUGUUUCUAAAUGGAACGCUGAUUGGCAUUCAUCGUUACCCCAACCGUCUCUGCAGGGGGGUACGUUUACUGCGAAGAUCAGGAAGAUUACAUCCUCAUGUUUCUAUUGCCAUCAACGACCGUCAGAAGAGUGUGCAAAUUGGAUGUGAUGGAGGAAGGAUCGUCCGAUUGUACAUUGUGGUUAACAACGCAAAGCCUGCCGUUACUUCAGCGCACCUGGAUCAGUUGUCUGCUGGAAAAUGCUCCAUCAAUGACUUUUUGGCCGAGGGAUUGGUGGAAUUUAUUGACGUCAAUGAGGCCAAUGAUUGUCUUAUCGCCGUCUAUUUGAAAGACAUUGAAACAUACACCACACAUUUGGAAGUUGAGCCACUUUCUCUCUUGGGAGUUGUUGCUGGCAUUAUUCCAUUUCCACAUCAUAAUCAAUCAGCUCGAAAUACGUUUCAAUCAGCGAUGGGUAAACAAGCGUUGGGCACAAUUGCGUACAAUCAGUACAUUCGAACGGACACUGUUCUUAUGAUUGGUGCCUACCCUCAGCGACCCCUUUGUCGAACGAAAGCCAUGAAUCUUACCAACUAUGAAAAGUUGGGGGCCGGUAUAAAUGCCAUGGUGUGUGUGAUGAGCUACAGUGGGUACGACAUUGAGGAUGCGCAGGUGUACAACCGCUGUUCACUGGAUCGUGGCUAUGGUCGCUGCAUCGUUCUUCGAAAGCACGAAGUAGAUUUGGAACGGCUCCCAAAUGGGGAGUACGACAUUGUACUCCCCCCUGAUUCCAACACCGGCAAGUGCAAGGCUCUUAACAGCGAUGGUAUUGCCAGCAAAGGUGCUCUUGUUCGUCAAUUUGACAUCUUAGUGAAUAAGUAUACCCCAGUGGCGUCAUCGGAACCCCGACCUAAUCCUCUUGUUUACAAGUAUCCACAACCUGCUGUUGUGGACCAUGUUGUUAUUUCCCCUCCUGGGGACUCCGAGCGCUCGAUGGAUGUGGAACAGAAAAUUAAGGUUGUUACACGAGAAGUUCGUAUUCCGGAGCCGGGCGAUAAAUUCUCCUCGCGACAUGGACAGAAAGGAGUUGUGGGUCUUAUUACCGAUGGAGUUAACAUGCCUUUUAACGAAAAGGGCAUAAGUCCAGACAUGAUUAUGAACCCCCAUGGUUUUCCGAGUCGAAUGACGGUUGGUAAACUUCUGGAGUUGGUUAGCUCAAAGGUAAGCGCUCUGACGGGUAACUCUGGCGAUGGCACGGCAUUUGGCGGCGACAACGCGGAGGAUUUGGGUGCGCAACUGUUAAAGAACGGAUUUAACUAUCAUGGGAAAGAUGUGUUUUACUCCGGUAUUACAGGGGAGAUUAUGCAGGCAUAUGUGUUUUUUGGCCCCAUUUACUACCAACGUCUUAAACACAUGGUUACAGAUAAAAUGCACGCUCGUGCCACUGGACCUCGUUCACUGUUAACCAGGCAGCCAACAGAGGGCAGAUCUCGCAGUGGUGGUCUUCGUGUUGGUGAAAUGGAAAGAGAUUGUAUGGUUGGUUAUGGGGCUUCAAAUCUUUUGAACGAAAGACUUCUCCUUAGCUCGGACCUUUUUACUGUGGAUACAUGCCGCUCUUGCGGCUUUUUGGGCUACUGUGGUUAUUGUCCUUAUUGUAAUACAAGAAACACAGUCUCACACGUGAACGUGCCCUACGCGUUUAAGCUACUUCUACAGGAGCUUCAAGGGAUGGGUAUAAGCACACGGCUUUCAUUAGAUUUUAUUGGACGACAAUAA